AUGCUCUUUCGCACCGCCGCUGCCCGCGCGGCCUUCCGGGCUGCGUCGAGCGCCAAUGCUUCUGCUAUCCGCUCUUCCAUCCCCAGAGGCGUCUUCAAGGCCCAAUUGACCUCGUCCGCCCGCCAACCCGCCCGCUUGACCUCUGCUCCGAAUCUUUCCUUGGCCGUCCGCCGGCCCGUCACCACCGCUCUGGUGCGCUACAACUCGACAGUGGCCAAGAAGGCAGGACAUCUCCCGCCCAGUGUGGUGCCAGGUGCAUUUAUUAAGAGCGAUGUGAAAACCAUCAAGGAGACCUUCUCCCUCCACGAAGUCCCCAAGGAGGCUCUGUAUUUCGGUCUGGCCGGCGUGGUCCCCUACCUGGUGACUUCGCUGGACACUGCCUACCUGGCCUGGGAAAUCAACAACAAUGCCACCACCGGCAGCGGUUUCUUGAUUUCCGGCGACACUGCGCAACUCAUGCUGCACCUGAUGGAGCCCAUCCAGGUCGGCUACGGUGCUGUGAUUCUCUCUUUCCUCGGUGCCGUCCACUGGGGUCUUGAGUGGGCUGGAUACGGCGGCAAGCACGGCUUCCGGAGAUACGCGACUGGCUGCAUCGCUCCGGCGGUGGCCUGGCCCACGCUGCUGUUCCCCGUGGAGUAUGCGCUCAUCAGCCAGUUCUUUGCGUUCAUCUUCCUGUACUACAACGACGCCCGGGCGGCUGGUCGCGGCCUGGCGCCUCACUGGUACGGCAUGUACCGGUUCGUGCUGACCUUCGUCGUGGGCGCAAGCAUUGUCGCCAGUCUGAUCGGACGCGAGAGAAUCUUGCAGAGCCUUUCCUCCGAGCACACUAUGACCGAGAAGAUCCAGGCACUCCUGUACCUCCGCAAGAAGGAGCUUGAGGAGGCCAAGCGCAAGGAGCAGGAGGAGAAGGAGGCUUCUCUGGAGUAA